AUGUGUGAGGCAUCUUUGAGCAUUGUUGUUGAUGGUUGGAAUUUUAUUGAAGGAAUGAUUGUGGCUGAAAAUCCCAAUGCAAGUACUGAACAGAACUUAGUAUCGGAAACUCUUCAAAUGACUCGUUUAGCUAAUGGGGAGGCGGAGGUAAGUCGUCACAAAUCGAACAAUGAAGUCUCCGGCAAAGAUGCAUCAACAGAUGAUGUAAAUGGGAUCACGCCGCCUGAGGUUUCUAGUAAAAAGGCAGGACAGCAAAAAGAAAUGACUUUCCAAGAUGUGUACAACCAAGACCUCGAUGAUGAGGAGGAUGACAGUGAUUGGGAGCCCCUGCAAAGGAGUGCUGAACUUGUGAAGUGGUUCUGCACCAACUGCACAAUGGUCAACCUUGGUGAUGAUGUCAAUUGCGAUAUAUGUGGGGAACAUAGAGAGUCUGGAAUUCUUAGGCAUGGUUUUUUGGCAUCUCCCCUGUUACCAGAUUCAGGCUUGACUGAGAUUGAUUCUGAUAUUAGAGAAAGACAUAAAGGGUCACGAGAUUCAGCCUCAAACAGUUCCACUGCUGUGGGUUUUGAUGAGAGAAUGUUGCUACAUUCAGAAAUUCAAAUGCAGUCACAUCCACACCCAGAAAGACCGGAUCGUAUUCGAGCUAUUGCUGCUAGCCUUGCUACAGCUGGUAUAUUUCCAGGACGAUGUUACCCAAUUCCUGCUAGAGAAAUUACGCGUGAAGAACUGCAGAUGGUCCAUUCCUUAGAGCAUGUUGAAGCUGUUGAUCUUACAGGCCAUAUGUUCUCCAGUUAUUUCACUCCUGACACAUAUGCCAAUGAACAUUCAGCAUGCGCUGCUAGGCUUGCAGCAGGUUUAUGUGCUGAUCUUGCUUCAGCGAUUGUUUCUGGACGUACCAAGAAUGGUUUUGCUUUGGUUCGACCUCCUGGUCAUCAUGCUGGUAUAAAGCAGGCAAUGGGGUUUUGCCUCCACAAUAAUGCAGCAGUUGCUGCAUUAGCAGCUCAAGUUUCUGGGGCUAAAAAAGUUCUGAUUGUUGAUUGGGAUGUUCAUCAUGGGAACGGCACCCAAGAAAUAUUUGACCAGAACAAAUCGGUCUUGUAUAUAUCUUUGCAUAGACAUGAGGGGGGGAAGUUCUAUCCUGGUACUGGAGCUGCUGAUGAGGUUGGUACUAUGGGAGCUGAAGGAUACUGUGUGAAUGUUCCAUGGAGUCGUGGUGGAGUGGGUGAUAAUGAUUAUAUUUUCGCAUUUCAGAAUGUUGUGCUUCCUAUAGCUUCUGCAUUUGCUCCUGACAUCACCAUCAUAUCAGCAGGAUUUGAUGCAGCAAGGGGUGAUCCUCUAGGAUGUUGUGAUGUUACUCCUGCUGGCUAUGCAAAGAUGACUGACAUGUUGACUGAUUUGUCUGGAGGGAAGUUGUUGGUCAUUCUUGAGGGCGGGUAUAAUCUACGGUCAAUAUCAUCUUCUGCUACUUCAGUAAUUAAGGUAUUACUGGGUGAAAGUCCAGGAUGUGAAUUCGACAAUGCUUCACCUUCCAGAUCUGGACUGCAAACUGUUCUAGAGGUCCUUAAAAUUCAAAGCAAGUACUGGCCUGUUUUGGCGUCCAACUUUACAAAAUUGCAGUCACAAGAGAGAAUGCACUCUAUUGAAAACAAAAGGAAACAAAUAGAAAAGAAACGGCGGGCUGUGGCUCCAAUGUGGUGGAAAUGGGGACGGAAAGGUCUACUGUAUCAUUUUCUAAAUCGCCAUGUCCAAAUGAAGCGAAAGGGUGUUUGAGUUAGAUAAUCACCAUGCUUCAAUGCAUUUUUGUAACCUAGUUAGUUCCUGGGAUAGGAUGAAAUGUAUUAUGGCUUGUCCAUAAUGCUUUUAUAUUUUGAGAAUUGAUAUCAUACAAUUGGAGUACAUCUUUCUCCUCUGUUUUGGGAACAAUCAAUUGAAUGAGAUCUUUCGGCCCUUGUCCUUUGAAGUUG